AUGGCCAAGGCUCUCCCACGUGUCAACCUGGCGGAGGUGCAGCACGCGCUCGGCAUGGCGGUGGGGCCGAUGCGCGAGGCGCAGUACCUGCAGCUUCUCGGCGAGUAUCUUAACAUGCGCCUGUCGAAGCGCGAGCUAGAUCGCCUCGUUCCCGCCACUCUCGGUUCCGAAAACGUCUUUCUGCACAACUCCUUCGUCCGCGCUGUCUUUGCCUCCGCCUGCGCCAGCGACGCUCCGCCCCCGAACGCCACCCGCGCGGACGCCGCCGCCGCCAAUGCCGCCAGCGCCUGGGCUGCGGGGAUCGCGGACCCCGCGGCGGCGGCGGGAGGCAGCGCGGAAGGCGAAGCGAGAAAGCAAGGCGCGGGCGGCGGAGGCGGGGCAAGCGCCGGGUUCGAGGGCGCUCUUCCGCCAUUGGCGGGUUUUGACCCGUCCUCCGCCUCGCCGUUCGCGCAAGACGCGGGCAUGGAUCGGGAGAACGGAUACGAGACCCCCUCGCAGCCUUCCCCCAAGCGUCAGCGGGGCUUAACAGCGCGGGAUCGGAAACAAGCCGCCGCCGCUGCCGCUGCCGCCGCGGGUGCCAGUGCCGCCGGUACUGGCGGUGUUGGCGGCGAUUCGGGUGCAGCAGGGUCUGAUGGUGGGCUUAGAAAGAGGAUAUAUGGAAGGACUUCAGACGGGAUUGUGCCAGCGAGCCCUGCUGCUGACGGGUACGCCGACCCUUCCUCGCCGGGCGCCUUGGCUGCCGCUGCGGGAGGCGCGGGUGCGGGCGCGGGGGGGACGCCGCCUCCUGCAGGGCUGGCUGGCUCGCGCAUGGCUUCCGCGGAUGCGCGUCUCAACGGCGCAGGCGGGGAUGCGCACGACGGCGCAGGCGGGGAGGCUUCCGCGCGCCCGUGGAAGCGGCUCAAGGUGGGGCGCGCAGGCUCUGGCGGAAGAUCCGCGCGGAUGGACGGGGCGGGCGCGGAUAGCAGCAGGGGGGAAGGCCUGGAGGACGGGGACUGGGCUCUCCCCGCGGACGGGGAAGGGGACUGGGGGGACGGCGGCGCAUCUGCGGGGGCUGCGGGGUUGUGGCCCGCGCGGGGGGAGCCGCAUGGGGAGCAGCAGGGGGAUCGGCGCGCUGGGGCUGGCGGAAAGGGCAGGCCGCCCCUUCCGCUGCCAGGGGGACUGGCUCCGCCGCCUCCUGUGUGCUUGGCGCAAGCAUGGAUGGGGGAGCAACAGGCGGAGCUGCUAGGGUUACCGCUGGUGGGCCGAGUAUGGGGGGACCACGAGGUGAAACGAGAGGCGGGCGAGGGGGAAGAGGAAGAGGGAAUUUAUCGAGGAGUGGAGGAGGCGGAGGAAGAGGACGGGAAAGGAACACCAGCAGCAGCGGCAGCAGCCUCAGCAGCGGCGGCGGCAGCGGCGGCGGCGGCGGCGGCGGCGGCGGCGGCUGGGGGUGUGGGGGGCGCGCCGGAGAUCAGCAGGGAGACAGAGGCGCGGCAGAAGGCGGCGCUGGAUGCGUUUCUGUCCGUUCCGCUGUCCGCCCCGCUGGGUAUCCCGUUCCUCGCGUCCAGCCGCGGGGGCGCGGCGGUUCCCGUGGCCCCGCGCCCCCCGCCCGGCAUGCCCCUCACGCACACGCUCCUGGGCUGCCCGCUGGACUCCGCCGCCGCGGAUGCCGCCGCCGCCGCCGCCGCUGAUGAUCAUGCUCCGCAUUUAGGCGGCUUGGGAGAGGAAGGAGAAGGAGCAGCAGCAGCAGCAGCAGCAGCAGCAGCAGCAGCAGCAGGAGGAGGAGGAGGAGGAGGAAAGAAAGCAGGGCGCAGGAGGCAGGGGGGCCCAGGGAGAGCUGGUAGCGGCUCUUUGAUUCGUGACGUGCAGCGCAGCCUCGGGCACCUCAACAGCCAGAGCCUCGUCUCGGCCAUCGAGGCUAGCUAG